AUGGGUGGCCCCAGUGCCAGAGGCAAGUGGCCGGCAGCCUUCGGUCUGCUGCUCCUGCUGCUCUGGGGGACUGUAGCCACCGACCUUCGCCUGGAGAGUGAUCCCAGUGGCCAGGACAGUGUGAAAACACAGCAGGAUGCCACAGAUGCUGACAGGAGGGGAACCGGCCUCCUGACUUUCCUUGCCUGGUGGCAUGAGUGGGCCUCCCAAGCCGGCUCCGCUGUCGGAGGGGAUGCCCGGGAGGUAUCCAAGCGGCAAGAAGACCCACCCCUGCAGCAGCCCCCACGCCGGGAGAAAAAGCCCUGCAAGAACUUCUUCUGGAAAACCUUCUCCUCCUGCAAGUAACUCCACCCUGUGAAAUGCAACCACGGCCUGAAUGGAGUGUCAAGCAGUGGGCGCUUUCUUCUUCAGUCAGCUUUUCUUCCCAUGCCAUGUGAAAUCAGUAAAUUUCAGUAAUGGCCACAGCCAGCCAUGACCAAGAGUAAUUCAGCUCAGAACUGGAAAUUCAAAGACACAUACUCCUCCCCCGUCCCCCAAAUAAAAAUGGUGGUGAUUCAGGCUGGAGUGUACUCAGCAGAA